AUGGGGCUUCUAAAUUCUGCGGAUAAAGAAAUCAUUAAGAGAGCUCUACCAAAAGCUUCGAAUAAGAUUAUUGAUGUCGCGGUAGCCAGACUAUACAUUGCAUACCCCAACAAGGAUGAAUGGCAGUACACCGGACUAUCAGGAGCUAUUGCUUUAGUGGAUGAUCUGGUGGGAAGUACAUUUUUCCUGAAAUUGGUCGAUAUCAGCGGCCAUAGAGGGGUUAUCUGGGAUCAAGAGCUAUAUGUAAAUUUUGAAUACUACCAAGACCGGACUUUCUUCCACACAUUUGAAAUGGAAGAGUGCUUUGCAGGUUUACUAUUCGUUGAUAUUAACGAGGCAUCGCAUUUCUUGAAAAGAGUCCAGAAACGUGAAAGGUAUGGUAACAGGAAAACUUUGUUGAAUAAAAAUGCCAUUGCGUUGUCCAAGAAAGUAAGACAGGAAGAGAAAUCUCAGGUUGUACAUGGUCCAAGAGGGGAGCCCUUACUUGACAACCAAAGAAAAAGGUAUAACUAUGAAAACGCGGAUACGAUUCCAACCACAAAGCAUAAAGCCCCUCCUCCUCCUCCUCCAACAACUGAUACUUUCGAUUCUGAUCAAGAAAGUUCAUUUUCCGAUAUCAAAUCAAUAACACCAUCUGCACCCACUACCCCAGCACCAACACUUCCUCCUACAUCUCCUGAAGUGAGAAAAGAAGAAGCACACCCCAAACAUACUUUACCACCUUUACCGGCCCAGAUGGCACCUUUACCAGAUCCUCCACAACAUAGCGUUCCUGUACAACACAAUGCUCCUGCACAGGCUCAAAACAAUCCAUUUCCGUUUCCCGUCCCAGAAAAUUCGCCAGCACAAUCCCAAACAAACCCAUUUCCAUUUCCGGUACCUCAACAACAAUUCAAUCAACCACCCYCAAUGGGAAUGCCACAACAGAAUAGACCUCUUCCACAGCUGCCUAAUAGGAACAGUCGUCCCGUACCACCGCCACCGCCAAUGCGUGCUAAUAACGGAGGCGUAAAUGCUUACUCGUCGGGACCUACACCUGCACCUCCACCAAGGCGUGGGCCUGCUCCACCACCUCCUCCACCACAUAGACUGGCAACUGCUAACACAUUUAACGCAAUUUCUACUGCAGGAAACAGCGUCCCUCCGCAGGCUACUGGAAGAAGAGGUCCUGCACCACCACCACCUCCAAGAGCUUCUCGGUCUAUGCCAAGCGCACCCAUGCAACCUAAUCUACAACAAUACAGUAAUCCCAACCAACCCUUUGGAUAUCAACCAAGCACCAAUAUGCCUCCCGCACCUCCUCCUCCAAUGACGACUUUUAACAAUCUAACACCGCAAAUGACUGCUGCGAGCGAACAAACUCAUAUGAAUGCAGCAGCAACACCAGCAUUCUUCCCACAAUCCAACAUGUCUCAGAUACCUACGCAAACUAAAAAUCCACAAGUGGCACCUCCGCCACCUCCAGCGUUCCCUGGACAGUCGCAGACGCCUCAACCAGCAGCGCCAGCAGCGCCAGCAGCACCAGCAUUCCUCGGACAAUCACAGACAUAUCAACCACCACCCCCACCACCGGCUCCACCAGCACAACAAUCGAUGACGAAUGCCGCACCACCUCCACCUCCGCCAGCAUUCCUAGCACAGCAACCUCAAUCCGGAGGUGCUCCUCCACCUCCGCCAGCAUUCCUAACACAGCAACCUCAGUCUGGAGGCGCUCCUCCACCCCCAGCACCACCCCCAAUGCCAGCAGCAGGAACGUCCGGAGGCGGAUCAUUCACUGAAACUACCGGCGAUACAGGACGCGAUGCUUUAUUGGCUUCAAUCAGAGGCGCAGGUGGCAUAGGCGCCUUAAAGAAAGUAGACAAAACGCAACUAGAUAAACCUUCGGUCUUACUUCAAGAAGUACGCGGAGAACCUGCCACACAGCCACCUGUAGCUGCAGGUAAUGGCGGCUCGUCCGGGGGACCACAGGCAUCUUUAGCCGAUGCAUUGGCAGCAGCUCUAAAUAAAAGAAAAAAUAAAGUGGGAGCUACCGACGACAUGGACAAUGGUGAUGAUUGGUAA